AUGUCUCGCCCCACAAAACGCCAAAGAGUGUCAACUGCGUGCAACAGAUGCCGCAAGCUGAAGAUCAAGUGUUCGGGCGACUUUCCGUGCUCCAAAUGUGAAAAAAUGGGCGUCAAAUGCUCCUUUGCCGAAAUGCCUCUGGAGCCAAGCGUACUUGCUUCUUAUGUUCCAGCUCCCAUUGGAAAACCCAAAGAGGUGAAGGGAAGCCCACAAAGUACAGGAGAACACAUUGGAGAUAAGAACUACGAUCUCAUUAGCUGCGUGAUUCAGUGGCGUGUCUAUGCCCGCAGCCAGCUUCUUCUUCUCCGGGAACUUUGCAAGUCCAAUCUCGACCAGAUCCCCGCCGAAAAGAAUCCAGGCUUGAAAGUGCCUCGCAUACAUAACUACGGGUGGAACAUGUCGGGGAUCCAGUACUUGGAGAGAAGGCGCCUUCCAGAACGGCCCAGCUUCAACUUCUCCACGUCUUUUGCCGAGCUCAUGGAUUAUUUUUUCGCCGAGGUGAACCCUCUUUUCGAGAUCGUUUCUAAAGAAAUCCAAGAGUUUUUCCAGACAAAGUUCCACCUGUUCAUGCGUGCCUCGGCACACCCUCUGCUAAAGACUAAAAGCGACGUUCAUUUGCAUUCGGCUACAUUGUAUAUGAUUUUCGCCAUCGCUAUACGGUUCACUGAGUUUACGAGACCGCAGGGCCCCCGGAAAAGCCGUUUGGAACUAGAAACGGAAUGUUUUCUGUACGCUUAUGAGGUGAUCGAAACCAUUUCAACAGAAUACUUCUCGCUCGAGCUCAUUCAAGGCUGGUUGCUUGUGAGUUUGUAUUUGCGCAUUACAUAUAACCAGAGAUCGCUCAUGAGAGCAUUGGAUCUGACCAAUUGUAUGGCUCGUACUAUGGGCUUGCAUCAGAACCGAGUGAUGAAGACAAAAGCAGACUCCACAAAACGCAAGGCAAUGCAUCUUUUUUGGACAGUGUAUACAUUCGACCAGGUCUUCUCGAUUCAGCUCGGGAGACCAAGUUUUUGGAGAAACGAAGAAAUCACUGUGCCGUUUCCCAAUGAAAAAGAAGUAUUUUGGACCAUGAACAAACCGCCGACUCUUCCUUUUGCCAUGUUCAAGAUCGGCCUCAUUGCCCACGAUGCACAAAGAACAAAAUGGGAUGAGGUAGAAGACAUACAUAUUUUGUCUACAGCUGAGAGGUUGGAAUCUACAUAUCAGUGGCUCAAAGCUAACGGGAUGAUCACAGACGGUAGUUUGUCGUUGGCCGAAAACCAGAUUGCACUUCAUUUCUACGAUGUUGCCUUCGCCUUCCACAGUCCGAUUCUUUUCAACUUUGUCGGUAAAAAGUACAUCAGUCGGGGCAUGAGCAUUGAUUCCCUAUUAAAAUACAUGGGCGAAACGCUUUUUUUGGCAGAAAAAAAUGUCAAGUGUGGCAAAGACAAAGCCCCGUGGUAUAACACGCUUUCUCUCUUGUUCAGUGUGGGAACUUUCUCUCUCAUUCUUGUCAACGGCGGCUCUGCCAACCCCAAACCAAGACAAAUGUACAUAGCGGCUAUCAACAUGCUCAAAGGCAUUGGAUCCUACGAAAACGAAGAGGGUUCUCUGCUUUAUCCUAUGGCAAACGAAUGUGUUUGGGCGCUUUCACAAGGCGUGCAAAGCAUGAAGAUUAGGUUUGAGCAAGAGAUCGAUCUCAUGCUGUCAGUGAAUCUUGGCGAUCACCGCGGAUACCUGAACGAGCAUAACUUUGGCCUUAUGGGCCGGUUUCGGGAAUAUUCUCAGGACGAGUUGCCUAAGCUUGAAGAAUAUGAUACCAAUGGAGAUUCCCAAGGCGCAAACCUCAACGAGAUGGGGAACCUCGCAGAAACUGGAGAUUUGGAUGUGGAUGAUAUGCUACGGCAAUUGACAAGUGGAACAUGGCUUGAUUCACUUGGCGGCGAUCUUUUUGAGGAAAACAUGAACUUGGUCUCGUGA